CAAUUUCCGAUCUGAGAUCCCCCCCCCUCUAAUUAAAAAUGUCUCGUAGGCCGAAUCUCUUAUUAACCUUGUGGUCUAAUCAGCUUACCUAACGCACAGAUCCAACUCUCGAUCUGUCGUCACGGCUAAGUUUUAUGGCGUGGGGGAACCCUCUAAUUUAAGCGCCGCACAUAUUUUUCUCCCAUAUCUCAUUCUGCACUCUCGGAGUCGAAACAAUGCGUGGCUCAGCGAUUUUCAAUUUCUUUCAAUCCCUCAUUAGAACCUCUCUAUAAGAUUUUAUCACGCAUAUGAACGCGAAUGAUUGUAUUUUAAGAUUCCACAAUCCUCAAUUUUGGCAAUUAUAAUUAAAAGUACUUGAUGAUUCAUGACAUUACUUAUUUUCUUAUUUUCAGUGUAAUCGAUAAUAUUGCGUGUUUUAUUGUGAACGAGUUUUAAAAAAUACACGACCCCAUCUUACGCACAUGACUUUUGUGCUUCAUUUUAGCCCAUUUCCUGUUUCUUGACAGUUAAAUGUAGCCGAUCCAAUCCAAUACGUAUAUUAUGGUGUUUUUAUCAGUGUUUUCCCUACUUACGCAUUCAAGUAUCUCCUACUCACUCUGACAAAUUGCGAAGGUUUAAUAUCACUAAUUCAACUAAUGUUCGUGAUAAACAUUAGUGCGCGUACUAUAGAAAUCCCCUUUUGUACGAAGCUUUCUAGAGUUAUAUUUUGCUUCUUUACAAGUUAAUUCUGCAAACAUGAUCUAUGGGUUAUCAGUAACCUGGCUGUCCAUCUUUUCCGUACAGAUAAUUGGAAACCGAUGGCAUUCCCUCUCGUCUGAAGAAACGAACUUUGAAUCAAUCGUUCUCCAGCCAAGGCGAGCUAUGGAAGAGGAUUCAGAUGAUGUUGCCGAAGAUAGCCCAAUUCACAUGGCACGAAGACAACCCGAUGACACCGUUGACAAUGCCGAAGAAACUGGGUCCCGUGCUACGGAAGAAGAAGUAGCUGGUCUCAUUGCGAGGGGAAAAAAGCAUAAGAUUGAGAGAAGAAUCAUCGGCCUCGGCACAACUUACAAAGUAGCGAAAGCUGUAACAAUCAGCCCAGUGAAAACCGUACUUAAUUGGGUUAAGGCGGGAGCCGAGGGAUUAAUACACUUCAAUCAUUUGGUCCGACCUAAGAAUAUAAAAAACAUGAUUUCAAGCAGGAGAAGAAAGAAAAACGGACCCCUCCCCUUCCUGGGAAGUGAGGGAAAGAAUAAACACCACUUCCUACCCUUCCUGGGAAAUAAGGAAAAGAAUAAACAACCUAAUCCGCUCGGGAGUAUCUUUUCUAGGAAAGGGAAACAAUAAUAAUGCAAAUCGGCCCAGGAAUUUCUUCUUCGUGAUUUUUUCUUAAUUUUUAAUUUAAUAAUUGGUUAAAAUUGACAAAUUUGGAUGAACAGCCCUCCAAUUUUACACAACUUUGAACCUCAAAAUAUAAUCAAUUUACUAUAGUCAAUCAAUAUUUAUAAAGAAAUCAUUUUAUUAUAAAAAGCGGGCGUAGCCCCCCCCCCCCAUCACUCCCCUAACAGUUCGUUAUAUUUUUGUCUCAAAAUUGAGCUUUUUCGUAAUUGAUUUUCCCAGAUUUUUUCAUCACAAUCAAAAUUUCUAUAAAAUCAACACAAAGGCUUAAUGAAAGGGCACUAUUUUCAGUAGGUACGUAAAAAUACUUUCAGAAGCAGAGACUAUUUAAAUUUCAAAUAAAUAAACAAACUAUUAAUUGUGACUCUCAAAAAAUAUCUUCAAAUCUACUCACGAAAAGAAGACACAAUUUCAGUUACAUGUUUCGUAAAAUUUACGAGAGAUGAAAUUGAGUUCAAAAGUAUUUUUUAAAAAAUAUUAAAAGAUCCACCGUGGUUUUUAAUGCUCUAAAUGUUGAAAAGCCUAUGAAGAGAAAAAAACUCUAAAAAGUGAUGUACAGUUGUUUCCUGAACACUUUUUCACGUAAAUUUUAACUCUGAGAAGAGCUUGCCAAUAGUCACUAACAUCAGAGCCACUAACUCGGCUGUCAUAUGAUUUCGAUCAUAUUGAGUUGAUAGCGCGCGCUGCAACUAUGCAUUUGUAAUUGCACUUGUGCAUUGAAGAUCAUCACUUGACUUGAAACCCUGGAACACUUCUAGGCUAUUACAGUACCUACUCCGGACCACUGUAAACACUGCUCUCGGGAAAUCCUUUCAGAGAUGUAUUCCGGACUGUCCGUAACAAGUUGCCAUUGGAUUUUAGUCAUGCAGAUAAUUAGAACUGCUUGCCGCCCCGUAUUGCCUGCAAUGGCAAAAAUCGACAUGAUGGGCUCAAUCAGUGAAGAGUCACAAAAGUCGGCAGAGGUAUCUAUGGAGCGUCCAACUUACAUUAUUAGGAAAAGUCCAGAUGGUUUUAGCGGAGAAUCGGAACGAAAUACCAUGAAUGGGUUUGGAAACGGUAACCCAUCGUCAUACACUGAAUCCCACGCUCUUAAAAGAAGGCAAGCCGUCGCAGUUGUGAAAUCAAGUUGGAGAGGGCAGAAGGCUUUUCGCGCUGUGGCCAAAGCAGGCGUGGAAUGGGCCGGGGCAGCAGCAUCGGGGAUAAGAAAGGUCGCGAACGCGCUUCGACCCAAGAAUGUAAAAAAAUUUCUGAAGCCUAAGAAGAACAAGAAAAAGGGUAGUAAGGGUGGCGGUUUCUUUCAUCGUGGUAACAAGGAUCAUAAGGAUAUAGGCCCUGCGUAAAUUUAAAAAAUGAGGUCAAUCGUUUGAAAGAUGCUGAAAGAAAAGAUCACAUUUUUUAAGUAAAGAACUCAGAAAUUAGUAAAAUCUUGGAGAAAUUUAGUGAAAUUCCUCGCACAAUAAAGUUUGUACUUUGUUAA